AUGGAAGGAACCAACCAGCCUGCCACCUGGCCUCCCGCGCCGACCGUCGACGACGAAUCUGCUACCGAAACUCAAUCCAUCACUACCUCUACUACUGAACGCAACAUGUCAGGUCUUCCAAAUGGUCCAUCCACCUCUGCGGACGGCGCUGAUACACACGACGCCGAACCUGGCACUCCCACCAACAAUGGCGCCGCUGCCAACCCUGACGAGCCCAGAACUCCCGCCAACGCUGCACCCGAUGCCCCUCCCGCCGACCGUGUACAGAUCGUUCUCAAGGACCAGAGCGGCACUCAGGUUGCAUUUGGUGUCAAGUCAAACACCCGCAUGGAGAAGGUCCAGAACGCCUACGCCGACAGAGCCGGCCGUCCUGUAGCAUCUUUGCGCUUUUAUUACGAAGGUGCCCGUGUGCUUGCCGAGGACACUGUUGCUACGGUAAGCGACUUCUCAACUCAACUCUAUCGGCACCGGAUACUAACGAUGGCUAGNCUCGAAAUGGAGAACGAAGACAUCAUCGAGGUCAUGACUGAGCAGAUCGGUGGUGGCGGUCAAUUUGAUGUCGCUUCUAUCCGACUCAACAGAUACAUCGCACAACACGGACUCGAGGAGGCUGAUUUUGAUGAAAUACCAUUUUUCAUCAACCCUGUUGAGGUAGAUGGCAAGAUGAUCAAAGAGAUGGAGUUCGUCAUUGGACCUGAUGUCAAAGUCAAGGACUUCAUGCAUUCUUGGGCCAAACGUGCUGGUUGCGCUGUGGACAAGGUGGUCUUUCGCCAUCAUCUGGACAAGGAAGGACCCGGACUUCCAUUCGAGUCCGAAGACGAAACAUUUGGUGACAACAGCUUUACCCACGGAGACUCCAUCUGUGUUAGUGCAGCAGCUGACGAGCCUGUCAACCUUGCACGUCCUAGUCAGAACGUUUCUGCCGGUCAUAUCAACACUGUGACUGCAACCUUCAAAGAUACAAUUGUAAUCACUGUCAAGUACCUUGGUCAGGACGAUAUCUUACGUGAAAUACAGUGCAAGAUGACUCAGUUCAUGUCUUUCAACAGGUUCAUCGACAUGUACGCGAAGCGUUGGGACAUCGAUGCUUCUGCUCAGCGUCUGACUUUCAACAUGAAGACCGUAUUCCCUAGCGACACUCCCGCCUCAAUCGGUGCAGAGCACGGUGCCGUGCUCGACAUCGCAGAGGGUCCUAACAUAUUUGCUAUGGACCUCACACUUGACUGA